GGCCGCAACCGCUUCUACUGCGGCGGCCGCCUCAUGCUGGCCGGCCACGGCGGCGUCUUCGCGCUCACGCUGCUGCUCAUCCUCACCACCACGGUCCUCUUCUUCGUCUUCGACUGCCCCUUCCUGGCCCGCCACCUGACCCUUGCCAUCCCCGUCAUCGCCGCCAUCCUCUUCUUCUUCGUCAUGAGCUGCCUGCUGCAGACAAGCUUCACCGACCCUGGAAUCCUGCCCCGGGCCACUGUCUGCGAGGCAGCCGCCCUGGAGAAACAGAUUGACAACACGGGCAGUUCCACAUACCGGCCGCCCCCUCGGACCCGGGAGGUGAUGAUCAACGGGCAGAUGGUAAAGCUGAAGUACUGCUUCACCUGCAAGAUGUUUCGGCCCCCUCGGACCUCACACUGCAGUGUCUGCGACAACUGUGUGGAGCGCUUUGACCACCACUGUCCCUGGGUGGGCAACUGUGUGGGGAGACGGAACUACCGCUUCUUCUACGCGUUCAUUCUCUCCCUCUCCUUCCUGACGGCCUUCAUCUUCGCCUGCGUGGUCACCCACCUGACACUGCGCUCUCAGGGAAGCAACUUCCUCUCCACUCUGAAGGAGACACCAGCGAGCGUGCUGGAGUUGGUGAUCUGCUUCUUCUCCAUCUGGUCCAUCUUGGGCCUCUCAGGGUUUCACACUUACCUCGUCGCCUCCAACCUGACAACCAACGAAGAUAUCAAAGGCUCAUGGUCCAGCAAGAGGGGUGGUGAGACCUCUGUCAAUCCCUACAGCCAUAAAAGUGUUAUCACCAACUGCUGUGCCGUGCUCUGUGGCCCCCUACCUCCCAGCCUGAUUGACCGGAGGGGAUUUGUGCAGUCCGACACCGUGUCGCCCUUGCCCAUCAGAAGUGACGAGCCCACCUUCGGAGCCAAGCCCGACACCGGCAUGGUAGGAGGCCACCCCUGACCCGGGCUCAGUCCUUGCCACCUGCUGGCCUGUGCGCCCUCUGCACUCCCCUGCCGGGAUCCUCCCCGCUCCACCUGAGGGAUGCAGAGCUGCCAAAGACUCCAGCCUUUUCAUAUUUAUUUCCCACCCUGCGUGACUUCUCCCACACCGUUCCAUGGCUGUACCCCCUGCCCCCCAAACCCAGGUUCCCAAAGCCGUGGGCCCCACAUCCUCUCCACUGAUCAGUGGCCAGAGUCAUAGGAAAGAGGCCAAAGCCUUGAGCCCACCCAGGGGAGCCACCUGGCGUCUGCUGUGUGGCCAGAGCCCUGUGUGAGGGCGGGGGCGGGCCGAGGGUGGCGUCUCCAGUUCGGGGAGCUGCCGGCCCUGCUGAGCUCUGGCCAGCAGGCUGGGCGGGCGCCUCUGCGUGCCGCUUCCGUGUGUGGUCUCCAUCCUUUUUGUGAUGAUCAUCAUCUGUUCUCCUGUUUUUUAACUUUUGUCGUUUGUUUUCGUCUGGAGUUGGCCAGUAGGUAGAGCUGGGGGUCCAGGUAGAAAGGGCAGAGGUGGGGGCGGGGUGGGGGGAGCAGCCUGUGUCAGAGGAAGCCGGACCAGCCAGCCGGGACCCCCAGACUCAGCCUCUGCCUGAUUCCUGGGCGUCACUCCAGCUGGUGAGGCCUGGCACUCCCUCUGCCCAUGGAAGUUUCUCUGUGGGAUCCCAGCCUGACCCCCAAGUCAGGUCUGGGGAUGGGCGAGGUUUGCUCAUGCUGGCAAUACUUGAAACGGGUUUAUUAAUGCUGGGUAUUUUGCACAAUUUUAUAGACCUCUUUUUUACAUAGCAUUUUUUUAAAUGGAAGAAGAAAAAAAAGGCAGCCACGUUGCUAUUUGUAGUGCCAGGGUGAGUGCUUCCAGAAGGCAAGUUGGUUUUAAUAAGUUAAUUAUUAGAGACCUUCUGGCUGUGAGUGCGUGUGUCCGUGUGCCCAUGUGCGAAUGUGACUGGCUCCCACUUCCCCACAUCCCCUGGGCUGUCCCCUCCCUGCCGCCCUCUUGGGUGUGAGCUGGCAGCAACAGGAGUAGCCUCACGCAGGGGCACGUGCAUUGGUCUGAAAUCCCGAGCUCCUGCUGCUGCUGCUGCGGCCGCCCCACCCUCUCCUCCGCCUCGGACUUCAGACAGCCUGUGGCUGGGGACUCACCACCUCCUGCCACCCAGCCCCCGGGUUAGGCUUCCACCUGAGACCUGCCCAGACAGGCCGAGGCUGGGCGGGGUGGGUGGGGUGAUGGCUGGUGGGGAGUCGCUGCCCCACUCCCCCGAGCGCUGAGCACGGGACCUGGUGCUGGGGGCUGCGGCUGGCAGCCCGUCGGGAGGAAGGAAGAAGGGGACUGGGGGGCCAGGAGUGAAGACUGGCCUAAACCUGGGCCAGAAAUCCAGAGGAUGGCCCUCGCUUGUGGGAGUCACAGUGCCUCAUCGAAGCGAUAGAAGAUCUCUUCCGUCCUCCCUGGCUCUCAAGGGAGGCGACAUAGGCAGCCUGCAUGUUGGCCUUCCUGUUGCCGAGGCUAGCGGGUCACCAGGGGCUGGAAGUGGCAGCCAAGAGGGUCCCUUCUGGGAGAAGCAGCUUCACCCCAGCCUCGCGGCCGGGGGCCCGGGACCGUGAUGCAGUGGCCCUGGGAGGGGACUGGCGAGAGGAGGGGACCCCACCUACCUUUUAUUUAAGCCAGUAUUCUUUGUUUCUGCUUGUAAUAAAACUUUUGUUUUUAAGAAUCGAUUUGCUUUGUUUUUU